AUGGCCAGGCUGUAUGCCAUUUCCGACUUGCACCUUGCACACCCUCUGAAUGCGUCGGCGUGGGACCUCUUGCGGCCCAAACCUCCGGGCGCGGGCCUGAUUCUUGCAGGCGACAUUGGCGAAUCAGCCACGCACCUGAUCAAGGCCUUUGAGCGUGCCAAAGCUUGCUUCACGCAUGUUUUCUGGGUGCCUGGAAAUCAUGAGCUCUACAGUGUCUCACCUGCGGUGGCCAAGCAUCCCGCUGAUCGCCUCCGGGGAGAAGCGAAGUACAAUGCCCUGGUGGAAUUGGCACGCCAGCAUGGCGUCCUAACACCCGAAGACGAUUGGAUGCUAUGGAGACAGCCGGACGGCGUUGAUGUGGUGGUUGCUCUCGUCUUCACAUUAUACGAUUAUUCAUUUCGGCCGGCAGACAUAUCGCGAGAACAGGCACUGGAGUGGGCGAUGGAGGAGAACGUGUGGGCUACUGACGAGGCCCUGCUGCACCCGGAUCCGUAUAGCUCAAGGGACGAGUGGUGUACAAAGCUGUGCGACAGGUGGGAGCUCAAGUUUGCCGAGUACGCCAGACGAUAUCCAAAUGUGAAGUUCGUCAUCGUAAAUCACUGGCCGCUGCGGGAGGACCUGAUAUUCAUUCCAAAGAUCCCGCGCUUUACUCUCUGGUGCGGAACCAAAAGGACUAGGAACUGGGCAGAGGGCGGGCAUUUCGGAGCCGACUACGGCGGGGCCGAAGUGGUUGUGACUGGACAUCUGCAUGUCAGGCGGACGGAUAUCAAAGAAGGUGUGAGGUACGAAGAGGUCAGUCUAGGAUACCCACGGCAAUGGGAAAAGGCACGGGACGCCGACAAAGGGCCUAAUGAGCUGUUAAGACAGAUUCUGCCUGGUGAUGCAUUGGUGGAAGAGGGCCAGCGGAUAUGGCGCCCUCAAGGCUGAUAUCUCUAUAUACCUUCAAGCAACUGUGGACAAAGAU